AUGUCAUCCCCUUUUCCAGCUGACACACCAAGCAGUAAUAGACCUUCCAACUCCUCUCCGCCACCAUCGUCGAUAGGUGCUGGCUUCGGAAGCAGUAGCGGACUCGAUUCGCAAAUAGGCUCUAGGUUACAUUUCCCAAGUUCUUCUCAACCGCAUGUCAGUAAUUCACAAACAGGCCCUUUUGUUAACGAUUCCACUCAGUUUAGUUCUCAAAGGUUGCAAACCGAUGGUUCCGCGACUAAUGAUAUGGAGGGAAAUGAACCUGCCAGAAGCUUCAAAAGUAGAGCUUUGAAUCACGUUAAGAAAGUUGAUGACGUUACUGGUGAAAAAGUCCGUGAAGCGUUCGAGCAGUUUUUGGAAGACUUUUCCGUUCAAUCCACUGAUACUGGUGAAGUUGAAAAAGUUUAUAGAGCUCAAAUUGAAUUUAUGAAAAUAUAUGACCUAAACACCAUUUAUAUAGAUUAUCAGCAUUUAUCCAUGAGAGAAAAUGGUGCUCUAGCUAUGGCUAUCUCAGAACAAUAUUACAGAUUUUUGCCUUUUUUACAAAAGGGUUUAAGAAGAGUAGUAAGAAAGUAUGCACCUGAAUUGUUAAACACAAGUGACUCAUUGAAGAGAUCCGAAGGUGACGAAGGUCAAGCGGAUGAAGAUGAGCAACAGGACGAUGAUAUGAAUGGGUCGAGUCUACCAAGAGAUUCUGGAUCAUCAGCCGCACCAGGGAAUGGGACAUCUGCCAUGGCAACGAGGUCAAUAACAACUUCUACGUCACCUGAACAGACGGAACGUGUUUUUCAAAUCAGUUUCUUCAAUCUACCAACAGUUCACAGAAUUCGUGAUAUAAGAUCUGAAAAGAUUGGUUCACUAUUGAGUAUAUCAGGGACAGUGACAAGAACAUCUGAGGUCCGUCCAGAAUUAUACAAGGCAAGCUUUACGUGUGAUAUGUGCCGUGCUAUCGUAGAUAACGUAGAACAGUCCUUCAAGUACACUGAACCGACAUUUUGCCCGAACCCAUCAUGCGAAAAUAGAGCCUUUUGGACAUUAAAUGUUACAAGAUCCAGGUUUCUUGAUUGGCAAAAAGUCAGAAUUCAAGAAAAUGCUAACGAAAUACCUACAGGCUCCAUGCCGCGUACGCUGGACGUCAUUCUUCGAGGUGAUAGUGUCGAAAGAGCCAAGCCAGGUGACCGUUGCAAAUUUACGGGUGUGGAAAUUGUAGUACCUGAUGUUACACAAUUGGGGCUACCAGGUGUGAAGCCAAGUUCAACAUUAGAUACUAGAGGUAUUUCGAAGACUACUGAAGGUUUGAAUAGUGGUGUUACUGGUUUACGCUCUCUUGGUGUUCGUGAUUUGACAUACAAGAUUAGCUUUCUGGCAUGCCAUGUUAUCAGUAUUGGAUCAAACAUUGGUGCAAGUAGCCCUGAUGCAAAUUCUAACAACCGAGAAACUGAACUACAGAUGGCUGCUAAUUUACAAGCUAAUAAUGUAUACCAAGAUAAUGAAAGAGAUCAAGAAGUAUUCUUGAACAGUUUGAGUUCAGAUGAAAUAAAUGAGCUGAAGGAAAUGGUAAAGGAUGAACAUAUUUAUGAUAAAUUGGUCAGAUCUAUUGCUCCAGCUGUGUUUGGCCAUGAAGCCGUAAAGAAGGGUAUCUUGCUUCAGAUGCUCGGUGGUGUUCAUAAGAGUACUGUAGAAGGUAUUAAGUUAAGAGGAGAUAUCAACAUCUGUGUUGUUGGUGAUCCCUCUACUUCUAAGUCUCAAUUUUUAAAAUACGUAGUGGGAUUUGCACCAAGAUCAGUUUACACUUCCGGUAAGGCCUCGUCGGCUGCUGGUUUAACAGCUGCGGUUGUGAGAGAUGAGGAAGGAGGUGAUUAUACAAUUGAAGCAGGUGCUUUAAUGCUUGCUGAUAACGGUAUUUGUUGUAUCGAUGAAUUUGAUAAAAUGGAUAUUUCAGAUCAAGUUGCCAUUCAUGAAGCUAUGGAACAACAGACCAUCUCUAUUGCUAAAGCUGGUAUUCACGCUACUUUAAAUGCAAGAACAUCAAUUCUAGCGGCUGCCAACCCGGUAGGUGGAAGAUACAAUAGGAAACUAUCACUGAGGGGUAAUUUAAAUAUGACCGCACCGAUCAUGUCCAGAUUUGAUUUAUUUUUUGUUAUUCUUGAUGACUGUAACGAAAAAAUUGAUACCGAAUUGGCAUCUCAUAUCGUUGACUUACACAUGAAAAGAGACGAAGCCAUUGAGCCGCCAUUUAGUGCAGAACAACUACGUCGUUAUAUCAAAUAUGCACGUACUUUUAAACCAAUAUUAACGAAAGAAGCCCGUUCCUAUUUAGUCGAGAAGUAUAAGGAACUGAGAAAGGAUGAUGCCCAGGGAUUUAGUAGAUCGAGUUAUAGAAUCACAGUUAGGCAACUUGAAAGUAUGAUUAGAUUAUCAGAAGCUAUUGCGAGGGCUAAUUGUGUCGAUGAAAUUACUCCAUCAUUCAUUGCAGAAGCUUACGAUCUUUUAAGGCAAAGUAUUAUUCGUGUUGAUGUGGAUGAUGUGGAAAUGGAUGAAGAAUUUGAUAACAUAGAGAGUCAAAGUCACGCCGCUUCUGGAAACAAUGAUGACAAUGAUGAUGGGACUGGGUCAGGUGUAAUUACGAGUGAGCCACCAGCAGAUAUAGAAGAAGGACAAAGCGAAGCUACAGCUCGUCCAGGUACAAGCGAGAAGAAGAAAACAACGGUGACGUAUGAUAAAUAUGUGUCCAUGAUGAACAUGAUCGUUAGAAAGAUUGCUGAAGUAGAUAGGGAGGGUGCAGAAGAACUAACAGCUGUGGAUAUAGUUGAUUGGUAUUUAUUACAGAAGGAAAAUGAUUUGGGUUCGUUAGCAGAAUAUUGGGAAGAGAGAAGAUUAGCGUUCAAAGUCAUAAAAAGGUUGGUCAAAGAUAGGAUUUUAAUGGAGAUUCAUGGUACCAGACACAAUUUAAGAGAUCUUGAGAAUGAGGAAAAUGAAAAUAAUAAAACUGUUUAUGUUAUUCAUCCAAACUGUGAGGUUUUGGAUCAAUUGGAACCACAGGAUUCCAGCUAA